AUGCUGGACUUUCGUGAGACCUUUUCAGGCGUUAUGGGUGCCUUUUGCUGUGUAUACAGGUCUUCUUUUGAGGUAGUAAAGGUGCGACUACAGACACAAGGCACAAUGAAUGCGUACAAGGGUGUGAGUGACGCUUUCUAUCGCAUUGCGACCGAGGAAGGUGUUGUUGCGCUCUGGAAAGGCGCAGUGCCAGCGUUAUUUAGCUCUGUUAUUGAGAACUCGGUGUUAUUCAGUGCCAAUGGUUUUGUCAGCGCGCUGUCGUGGCAGUUUAGGCUAAGCAACGUGUCGAGCAUGAAGGAGAGUAUCAGCUCACGACACUGGAUGAAGCGUCCGAUUACAAUACCAGAAAAUACUAAGUGCAGUGACCUGCUCGCUUUCUCAUGGUAUUUGUUAAGUAAUGAACUGAAGGGGCUGGCGAAGUAUUACGCAGAAGAAUGCGCUGUUGGGAUUGCUGACCGUUGCUCCAUCACGUUUCGUGAUGGGUUACGGCGAUCUUAUGCUCAGAACCAAGCAACCUUGGCGGGGUCGCCGGGCCCUCUUGAGGGAUAA